AUGGACAAAAUCGUCGAUGUUCGCUUCGAACGGGUCGAGAAAGCUCUAGCGACGCUGGUCGAGUCGAUCACAAAAUACAAUCCCCAGGCAUCACAGGCUGUCGAACUUGCAAAUGCCGACAAUGAGUUGGGCCACGGGCUGAAACAACUGGAAACCCACCAAAAUAACUACCGCCGCCUAGAAUCCCUCAAAGCAUCCUCCUCAGCCCUCGACGCCCAGAUCCGCGACACGAUACGUACCCUGUGGAACACUCGCAAGGACAUCACCAGCACGAGCACGACCGCCGCGCCAGACGGGCCGCAGUACGAUGUCAACUACGAGGAGCUGCUCAGCUACGCGCGCAGGAUCAGCAAGAUGACGCUGCCCCCAGCGAGCGUACUCUCCCGCCUCGAAGCAGCCAACGCCGACAGCGGGGCGUCGACCGGUGAGGCGGUUAACACCCCGAACACCACGGCAGCCCCGACGCCCGUGCCAGGCGGCUCGACCCCGAACCCCAACGCCGCGUCCAACGGCGCCCCGACGCCCGCCGCCCAGUCGCAGUCCCAGGGCCAGCAGGGCACCCAGACGACGGCCAACUCGGGCGCGACGGCGCUGCCCGAGGAGUGGACGCAGUUCCUCGACCCGCUCACGGGGCACGUCUUCCUCCCGUGGGCGACAGAAGACAAGAUCCGCGUCGGCGCGCUCGCGUCGAUCCAGAACCUCGCCCGGAGGCAGAGGGAGGAGCAGGAGCGGAGGGAGCAGGAAGAGAGGGAAGCGCUAGAGCGGGAGGAGAACCUGAAGAAGAUGAGGGAAGAGCAGGCGCGCAUCGCGCGAGAGAGGCAGCGGGAAAGGGAGCGCCAGCAGCAGGAGGAGGCGCUGCGGAGGGGGAGCACGGGUGGUGGUGGACCGUCGCCCGGCGGCGCGGGUGCUUCGACCGAGCCCCAGAAGAAGCAGUUCCAGUUCAUGGGUGGUGAUCUGGAUGACGAUGACGACGACUGA